AUGAUUUCGCGCGAUGAUCCUAGAAUGCGAUCGUGGUGCGAUCUUCUGCACCAUCAGCGUGGUCAGAGCCGAUCGUGGCGCAGUGCGAUGGCUGGCCAGUGGGCAAUAAAAGAAGUAACGGGUCAAUGGCUGGCGAUCGUAUAAAAUGCCUUGGGUGCCUUUUGGAUAAUUUAGUCUGAGCCCACAAGUUGCCGCGAUUGCGUCUCAUCGUCUUGUGUGAUUCUUGAAUUUCAAAUUUUGAGUCUUUCUUGUUCUUUUAACGGAUAAUGCGAAUUAUUGGUGUUUUAGCCAUCCUCACACUCUCGGGUGUUGUGAAUGGGGCCACUAUUUUUCGAAAUGCCCGAGAAGUUGUCGCGGAAGUGGAAAAAGUGAUUCAGGAUGCUCCCCUGGCGGAUGCCAAGGAGUCAGUGAGCCUCGUUGAAGCUCCUGCGAUGAAGGAGAUCAUACCCGAGGCACCCACAAAUGAGAUCCCUGUGGCACUAGAGGAUGGUGCUAAGGAGAUGGUGGUGGAGGAGAUCCUCCCCGAGGAGGCUCUAGUUGUGAAAUCGGAAGUAGUGCCCGCAAUUGUGGCGGAAAUUAUCAAGGAACCUGUCAUGGAAGUAGAGGAGGUUGAUGUGGUGAAUUCUGUGAAACAAACGUCCAUGGAGGAGCCACAGAGGCCUGAAAUGCCCAUGGAAGAGCCACAGAGACUUGAAAUGCCUAUGGAAGAGCCACAAAAGUCUGAAAAUCCCAUGGAAGAGCCACAGAGGCCUGAGAUGCCCAUGGAAGAACCACAGAGGCCUGAGAUGCCCAUGGAAGAACCACAGAGGCCUGAGAUGCCCAUGGAAGACCCACAGAGGUCUGAAAUGCCCAUUGAGGAACCUCAACGGCCAGAGAUGCCUAAUGAAGAGCUACAAAGGCCAGAAAUGACAAUGGAAGAAAUUAGAGAGCCUGCUCCUGAAAUACCCUUAGAAGAGGCACCUCAGUCUGAAGCACUGCCUGAAGAAAGGCCAGAGGAAAUUCGAGAACAGACACGUGAAAUUGAGAGGAUUCCUGAAGAGCAAAUGUCAGAGGAAAAGCACAUUGUGAUGGAACAACAGCGUGAAGAGAUGAGGCCCGAAGAUAUAUCUGAAAAUGAACUGAGUGAACCUGAAAUGCCCAAAAUUAUUGAAGAAGCUAAAAUCCCUGAAAUUCUUGAAGAAUUCCGUGAGGAGAUAAUGGAGAAUGAGGAAAAGAAAUCAGAGGCUCAACGUGAGGAAAAAAUUGAGGAGAAGCCACAGGAGAUGCCCAUUGAAGCACCCCAAGAAAUGGGUCGUGAAGAACCCAUUCGGGAAGAACGAGAGGAAGAGAAACCACAGGAGAUUCAAGAGGAGAAAUUGGAUGAGAAAGUUGAAGAAAAUCCAGAAGAGAAAUUCGAUGAGGAGCCCAAGGAAAUGGGACGAGAAGAGCCUAUUAGCGAAGAUGCCCAGGAACCAGAAAACCCACAAGAACAGCCUCAGGAACAGCCACAGGAACAGCCUCAAGAACCUCAAGAACAGCCCCAGGAACAACCUCAGGAACAACCUCAGGAACAACCUCAGGAACCACCUCAGGAACAACCUGAACAGCAACCCGAAGAACCUCAGGAACAACCACAAGAACAGCCUCAACAGCAACCCCAAGAGCCUCAAGAACAGCCUCAAGAACAACCUCAGGAGCAACCACAAGAGCAGCCCCAAGAAGGUCGUCCUGUGGAACCAGAGGAGUCUCCACGGCAGAAUGAAAUCCCAGCUGAGGACAAGCCCACUACAACACGCCCAAACAACCCAAACAUCAUCCAAUCUUUCCAGGCUUCCUUAGGUAACCUGUUGACUCAAAAUCCUCUGGCUCAGGCAAUUCGUGGACCAACCAACAAUAAGCCUGCUGAUGAUGCUACACCCGCCGCAGAGCGUCCCAAUCUCCUCCAACAGUUCUCAAAUUUUAUCAGCCGACCAGCUUCAGCCCCAGCUACCCAAAGUGACGAUGCCCCAGCACAGCAAGCCAACCAGAAUCCUAUCCAGAACGCCUUUAAUAGUGUCCCACAGCCAGCUCCUGAGAAGGCCCUGACUGCCGAUAUGGCUCCAGCUGCCCCAGCUGAGGAGGCCAAACCCGCCGAGGAGACCCAAAAUUCCCCAGCUGAGGAGUCUCAGAGUUCCCCAGCUGAGGAGCCUCAGAGUUCCCCAGCUGAGGAGCCUCAGAGUUCCCCAGCCGAAGAGCCCAAACCCGCCGAAGAUCUCACGCAAACGCCAGCGCCAGAGGCCCAAGAGGAACCCUAAAGCCCUUUAGCCCACCCCUAGCUCCCCUGCCACUCAAUCCCUUAUCUUAAGCGUUUUAGGUCAUAGAACUUCUCUAUAAACUAGUUAGGCUCAUCGCAAAAAAAAGACAAAUAUACUGUAGGUGUUCUAAGGUCGCAGCUCCUAAAAUUAAUUUUCUUCACGAAAAGAAAUGCCAUUAGCAGCUCACGAGAGAGAGAGAUUAAAUCACGUGCCUUUUUAUUUAUUUGACGACCUCAAUAAUGCCCGAGGUCGAUGAAAUCCCAAUAUUUAUAAUUUAUUAUUUGUGUGAUUUCGAGAUGCUCCCAAGUAUUUCGGAAGUAUAACGCGAGAUUCAUUCUUUGAUCAAAUAAAGAACAAACAAAUUA